AUGAAAAAGAGGAAAUUCUCAAACCUGAAGCUGGUGGCUGCAAGCCAGGUCUUGCUACUUUUAGCAGCGGCUCCUUGCCCUGUGACCUACAAAAACAGCAGUGACACAUUCUCAAUCUCCGAUGUAGAGACGGUACGCAUGGGCUAUGAUUCUGAGUUGCUGCGCAGCUUGGCAGAGGAGUUACCCCUGGAGCAGGGCUUCACCAUUGUCUUCCAUGGCCGCCGCCCCAACCUAGACCUGGUAGCCAACAGUGUUGAAGAGGCCCAGAACUGGAUUCGAGGACUCCAGCUGUUGGUGGAACUUGUCACCAGCAUGGACCAACAGGAACGACUGGACCAAGCUGGGUGGCUCAGUGACUGGUUCCAGCGUGGAGACAAAAACCAGGAUGGUCGGAUGAGUUUUGCAGAAGUUCAGCGUUUGCUGCAUCUAAUGAAUGUGGAAAUGGACCAAGAUUAUGCCCUUCAACUUUUUAAGGCAGCAGAUGUAUCGCAGUCUGAAACCCUGGAAGGAGAAGAGUUUGUACAAUUCUAUAAGGCAUUGACUAAGCGUAAAGAAGUACAGGAACUGUUUGAGAACUUUUCAUCUGAUGGGCAAAAGCUGACCCUGCUAGAAUUUGUGGAUUUCCUUCGAGAAGAGCAGAAAGAACAAGACUGCGCCCUUGACCUUGCGCUGAAAUUUAUCGACCGCUAUGAACCUUCAGACAGUGGUAAACGAAGGCACGUGCUGAGCAUGGAUGGCUUUCUCAGCUACCUAUGCUCAAAGGAUGGAAACAUCUUCAACCCGGCCUGCCUGCCCAUCUACCAGGACAUGACACAACCUAUGAACCACUACUUCAUCAACUCCUCUCACAACACUUACCUCUUGGGGGACCAGCUUCGUGGCCAGAGCAGCGUCGAGGGAUAUAUACGGGCCCUGAAGCGGGGGUGCCGCUGCGUAGAGGUGGAUAUAUGGGAUGGACCUACUGGGGAACCCCUUGUUUACCACGGACAUACCCUGACUUCCCGCAUCCUGUUCAAAGAUGUUGUGACCACAGUAGCACAGUAUGCCUUCCAGACAACAGACUACCCAGUCAUCAUGUCCCUGGAAAACCAUUGCUCCUGGGAUCAGCAGCGGACGGUGGCCCAGCAUCUGACAGAGAUCCUGGGGGAGCUGUUGCUGAACACCGCCUUGGAUGAUGUGCCCUUGAACCAGCUGCCCUCCCCUGAGAGGCUUCGGGGUAAGAUCCUGAUAAAGGGAAAGAAGCUAACAACAAAUGAGGAGGAGGAGGAUGAAGAAGAAGAGGACCUGCACUCUGAGCUGGAGAGAAGGCAGGGCACAGAGCUAGAGCCAGACCCCUACUCUGAGAUUGAGACUCAUUCUGUGCCUGCACCUGAACUCCAGCUUCAGGUUAAGGACAAAAUGAAGAAAGCCAAGGCCAUAUUAUGUCCAGCCCUCUCUUCUCUGGUUAUCUACUUGAAGUCUGUCUCAUUCAAAAGCUUCACACAUUCAACGCAACACUACUACUAUGGGAUAGCAUCCUUCUCUGAAAACAAGGCCAAGCACCUCAUCAAGGAGGCUGGCAAUGAUUUUGUGCACCAUAACACUUCUCAGUUAAGCCGUAUAUAUCCCGGUGGUCUGAGGACAGAUUCAUCGAACUUCAAUCCCCAGGAAUUCUGGAAUGUAGGCUGCCAGAUGGUGGCUUUGAAUAUGCAGACCGCAGGACUUGGAAUGGAUAUCUGUGAUGGGUUCUUCCGCCAGAAUGGCAGCUGUGGCUACGUGCUGAAGCCCAAAUUUCUGCGCGAUCCACAGAGUUCCUUCCACCCCGAGAGGCCCAUCCAGCCUUUCAGAACCAAGAUCCUCUUAAUUCAGGUGAUCAGUGGUCAGCAACUCCCGAAAGUGGGCAACACCAAAGAGAGGUCUAUCGUGGAUCCGCUGGUGAAAGUGGAGCUCUUUGGCAUUCGUGAAGACACAACCCGGCAAGAGACCAACUACGUGGAGAACAACGGUUUUAAUCCAUACUGGGGGGAAACAUUAUGUUUUCAUGUCCGGGUGCCUGAACUUGCUGUGCUGCGUUUUGUCGUUAAGGAUUAUGACUGGAGAUCCCGAAAUGACUUUAUUGGUCAGUUUACUCUGCCUCUGAGCUGUAUGCAACAAGGCUACCGCCACAUACACCUGCUCUCCAGAGAUGGCAUCAGCCUCCAGCCAGCUUCCAUCUUUGUGUACACCUGCAUCCGAGAUGACCUACAGGAGGAGGAUUCUUGAGGCCUUUAGUAUCUUUCCUGCCCUUUCCUUUUGUGUACCCUCUACUGGAGUUC